CUCCUGGUGUUUUUCCCAAUUUCCAAGGCAUCAGCAUGGUCAGUUAACAACUUUUUGAUGACAGGACCCAAGGCAUAUCUUACAUACUCCACAAGUGUUGCAGUUGGUGCGCAAAGUGGCAUUGAAGAAUGCAAGUUUCAGUUUGCAUGGGAAAGGUGGAAUUGCCCAGAAAGUGCCUUGCAACUGUCUACGCACAAUGGUCUACGAAGCGCUACACGGGAGACAUCAUUUGUCCAUGCCAUCAGCUCAGCAGGGGUGAUGUACACACUGACUAGAAACUGCAGCAUGGGAGACUUUGACAACUGUGGAUGUGAUGACUCCAGAAAUGGAAAAAUUGGAGGAAGAGGAUGGGUAUGGGGUGGCUGCAGUGAUAAUGCGGAUUUUGGAGAGAGGAUUUCGAAAUUAUUUGUGGAUGGCUUGGAGACUGGACAAGAUGCCAGAGCUUUGAUGAACUUGCAUAACAACGAGGCAGGGCGACUUGCAGUAAGAGCAACUAUGAAGAGGACUUGCAAAUGCCAUGGGAUAUCUGGGAGCUGCAGUAUACAGACAUGUUGGUUACAGCUUGCAGAUUUUCGGGAUAUUGGAAAUCAUUUAAAGGUGAAACAUGAUCAGGCCUUAAAACUGGAGAUGGACAAAAGAAGGUUGAGAUCUGGUAACAGUGCUGAUAAUAGAGGAGCUAUCGCUGAUGCUUUUGGCUCUGUUGCUGGAACUGAACUCAUUUUUUUGGAAGACUCGCCAGAUUAUUGCUUAAAAAAUGCCAGUUUAGGUCUUCAGGGAACAGAGGGACGGGAGUGCCUACAGAGUGGAAAGAACUUGUCUCAGUGGGAGAGAAGGAGCUGUAGAAGACUUUGCACUGAGUGCGGCCUCAAAGUGGAAGAGAAGAGGACAGAGAUCAUCAGUAGCUGCAAUUGCAAAUUUCACUGGUGCUGCACAGUAAAAUGUGAGCAGUGCAAGACUGUUGUUACCAAGCACUUUUGCUCCAAGAGGGAAAGGCAUACUGUGAAUUUCGACACAAGGAGAAAGCACAGAGGAAAAAAGAGAUGA